AUGAUUAUUUCAGCUCCUGUCGAGACCACAACGCAGUUACUGGAUUCGUCGGGGGCGCUGGACGACAGGUCUGCCAGCCGGCUCGAAAGUCCGGGUGAUGGAACCCAGAGGGGACGCAUUGUGUGCUACUACAGCGCUUGGGCCCUGUACCGCCCGGAGCCUAUGAACUACGACAUCGAGGACAUUCCCCUGGACAAGUGCACCCACCUCAUCUACGCGUUUGUGGGGCUGAGCAACCAGACCUGGGAACUCUUCAGCAUAGACCCCGAAUACGACUUCAACAAAGGCGGCUACAGACGUUUUACGGCACUCCGCAAGAGGUACCCCAAGCUCCAGACACUGCUGGCUGUGGGGGGGUGGGCGGAGGGCGGCAAGAAGUACUCGGAGAUGGUGAGCACCACGGGCCGGAGGCAUACGUUCAUCAACAGCGCGCUCAAGUGGGUUCAGACGUACGGCUUCGACGGCUUCGACCUGGACUGGGAGUACCCCGGGGCCUACGACCGAGGUGGAGCCUACUCGGACAAGGCCAAUUUCCUCCUCCUCGUCAAGGAACUCCGGUCCGUAUUUAACCAGUAUAAGCUGCUGCUGACGGCUGCAGUACCAGUGGCCAAGUUCCGCCUGCAAGAAGGCUAUGAAGUAGCCGAAUUGGGAGAGCUCUUGGAUUGGAUCAACGUAAUGACGUACGAUCUUCGAGGAAACUGGGCGGGAUUUACAGAUGUUCACAGUCCCCUUUUUAGGAGAUCCUUUGACGAAUGGGCCUACGAGAAGCUGAACGUUCAUGACGGUCUCCAACUGUGGAUAAGCCUGGGGGCUCCCAGAGAGAAGCUAAUAGUUGGAGUACCAUUCUACGGUAGGACAUACACUCUUAGUGAUAAGGCCAACACGGGUCUAAGGGCAUACAUUAACAAGGAGAAGAUGGGAGGAAUCCCUGGACCGUACACGAACGCAACAGGCUUCCUCGCUUACUAUGAGAUUUGCCCGCACGUUCAUUCUGGAACAUGGACGAAGAAGUUUGAUGAAGUUGGAAAGUGUCCGUACGCCUACUACGACAACCAGUGGAUUGGUUACGAAGACGAAGAAAGUAUAACAAUCAAGAUGGACUACAUCCGUGGACAGGGCUACGGAGGCGCCAUGAUAUGGGCCAUUGACAUGGAUGACUUCCAGGGAGUCUGCGGCAAGAAGAACGUCCUCAUUUCAGCCAUCCACGACAAACUCAAGGAUUACGUCGUCCCGACGCCCGAAUCUGACUCCACAGCAUCGCCCAAGACCGGCCCCGACGACGGAGGAAACACAACACCGGAACCCACGACUCCCAUACCGGAAACUACGACCCCAGUCAGCGUGACAAAGAGUUAUCCAAGGGACUGCGACAGCCCCAACAUCUCAUUCAUACCACACGAGAAUGACUGUACCAAGUACUACUGGUGCGUCUACGGUACACCCAUGGUAAUGUUCUGCGAAGGUGGUACGGUUUGGAACCAGGACAACGGCAACUGUGAUUGGCCAGAGCGUGUCCCCAGGCCGGAGUGCAAGCACGUGACCAGGAAACCCAAGGGACCACAGAGGUUGGAAAGCUCGUAAUCGAAAACAGCAACCAAAUCGCGACGAUAGAUCGCCUGUCGGAGAGAAGUCUACACAAAACUCCAGUGCCAAUAAGUGGAACUUUGGUGGUUAAAGCUACAAAACAAAAUCGGAUUCGGUGUCCCUGUGAACCAGACUGAACAUCGAAUUU